CCCCGAACCUCCACUUCCAUGAGUUCCAUUCUUUCUCCGCUGUAAUGCGUCAGAGUUCCAACCCGAUUUUCCCCUUAAACUGAUUGCUUUGAAAUGGAAAUGGAGGAAACACUGAAGAUACUGAACAGCUCUCUCUCUACUAUCAAGUGGCGCCUCAAAUCUGCAGCCAAGCUUCGUCUCGAAAUCGAUAUUCUAGCAUUAUGCACUGGAAUGCGGCCAGUUAUAAUGGUAGACUACGGUGGGAAGAUGCCUGAACUGCAAGAAUAUCUAUGUGCACUUCUUAAACUUUGUCAAAAGGAGUCACCUGUUUUUGAGGAUCUAAGAGUAAUGAUUAUAGAAGAUAUGAUAUACUUGAUUAAUGUUAAAGAACUCGCUGAGCAUGUUAGCUCAAGCUUGAUUUCAGAAGCUGAAUUGCAGUUUGUGGACCUAGAACAGGAUCCCCCAAAGAUGAUAACAAUAACUGAAAAUAGCUCAGUGGGAAUGCAAUUAAUAUCAGUUCAGAAGCUGUUCUUGUCAUUUUUCCCACUCGAUAAAAUGAACAAUGAUGUUGCGUUGUGUAACAGAAUAGAUGAUAAGUCUAAAUCUCAAUCAUCCGAUAAGCCUGUUGCUUCUCAAUCUUCUGAAGUUAUUGAUCUCAGUAACUGCUUGCAUGAUACUCAGGUUACUGUGCCAACUUUGAAUGGAUGGCUUCUUGGUUAUCCAGUAGUGUAUUUGUUCGGCAUAGAUCAUAUUGCUGAUGCUAUUUAUAAUCUUUCAACCAAGUCUCUUCGUAUCUUCAGAAUUGUAGUCAGCAGGAAUGGACCUCCUAAUAAAGGAUCUCUGCCAGAAGAACUAAUGAGCUUCUCAGUGCCUUAUGAUCUAAGCAUGGGAGGAAGCAAAGAACCAUGGGCAGAGAUGUUUCUGUCUAAGAUGCAAUCAAAAUGGGGUAAAUGCAAGCAAACUUGGAGGACCUUAAAGAUGGAGGUUAGCGAAUGCUUUCCACAAGCGAUCGCAUUAUAGAUGAUAGAUGGGAGUCUUUUCUAUAAUGAAGAGCAAGAGGGAAGAUAUAAAUGAGGAUUUUGCUAUGUUACUAGGAACCACAAGUCAUAGGAUCCAAAAAUGGAAGUUGUAUAUGCUCAAGCAAGCAGUAGAUAUUGUGAAGGGCUACAUUCCCGAAUCCGUUGCGUUGUGUUAUCAGUUCAUCAAAUUUUGUUGAAUUGAAAUCUUGAAAUAGAAUGGAGUUGUGUUACUGGAAU